CACAGCAAAUUACCUCAGUUGCUUCAGCAAAAAAGUUAUUUCAAAAUGCGGUUCAUUCUUUUAAUUUGUGCAUUUAUUGUAUCCGCCAAUUCGGCCACCUAUAGCCUGCAACCAGCAUCUACAUUGCCACGUUAUCUGAGUCCUGUACCAUCUCCAGACCUGCAGUCACAGCUAUCUUUUUAUCAAUAUUCAGCACCAGCUGCAGCACCUACGACUUAUGCAGCGUCCGCACCAGCGUCCUCCUACGUGGCUCCGGCAGUAGUACCGUGUCCUAAUGCAGCGGCAACUGCCCCACUUUCUGAAACAUUGCCGUAUGCACCAGCUGCGACUGUUCAGGACUCAGCACCCUACAUAGCACCAGCACCAGUUCCAGCUCCGUAUUCAGCACCAGAGCCAGUUCCAGUACCAUCUCCUCGUUCUUUUGCUACUUACGCAGCACCUGCUCCUGCUCCAGCUCUGGUUGAUUAUGCAUCUCUUGCUCCCACUCCAGUCACUUAUGCUGCACCAGACCCCAUACCAGCAGCACCAUCAUGUCCUUACGAAACAGCUCCAGCGCAACAUAUCUCAGAUCCAGCCCCAGCUGCUUAUGCAGCGCCAUCACCUGCUCCGGCCGCUUACUCAGUACCAGAAUCAAUACAACAAGCAUAUACUGCUCCUGCACAAUCACCUGCACCGGUCUCCUUUUAUGCUGUUCCAAGCCAAAGUGUCUCACCAGCCCUAUCCUCUUAUCUAGCAACAACACAAUCUGUCGCAUCUUAUGCAGCUCCGGCUCCGGUGUCUUAUGCUGCUCCUGAACCUUCUCAUUCGUCUUAUGCAGCACCAGCACAGGUUUCCGCUCUUUCUGCAUUGUCAUCCUAUACAGCGCCAGCCUCAGCAUCCGCGCUUGCACCUUAUGCAGCUUCGGGCUCUGCUCCUAUUCCUUGUACAGCUCCUGCCCAGGCAUCUUACGCAGCUCCAGCACCGAUUUUGACAUCUUAUGCUACUCCUGAACCUGCUCAGCCAUCUUACGCUGCUCCAGCACCGGCUCCGACGUCUUAUGCUGCUCCUGAACCUGCUCAGCCAUCUUACGCAGCACCAGCACAGGUUUCCACUCUUUCUGCAUUGUCAUCCUAUUCGGGCUCUGCCCCUAUUCCUUGUGCAGCUCCAAUUCUGGCUCCAGCUUCGGCGUCUUAUGAUACACCUGCCCAGGCAUCUUACGCAGCUCCAGCACCGGUUUCGACGUCUUAUGCUACUUCUGAACCUGCUCAGAUAUCUUACGCUGCUUCAGCACCGGCACCGGCGUCUUAUGCUGCUCCUGAAUCCGCUCAGCCAUCUUAUGCAGCUCCAGCACCGGCUCCGACGUCUUAUGCUGCUCCUGAACCUGCUCAGCCAUCUUACGCAGCACCAGCACAGCUUCCCGCUCUUUCUGCAUUGGCAUCCUACACAGCGCCAGCGCCAGCCCCAGCAUCCCCUUUUGAACUUUAUUCGGCUCCGGGCCCUGCUCCUGUACCUUGGGCUGCUUUAUUUCUAGCUUCAGCUCCGGCAUCUUAUGCUGCUCCUGAAUCUGCUCAGCCAUCUUAUGCAGCUCCAGCACCGAAUGCCGCUGUUUAUCCACUGCCAUCUUAUACAGCACUAGCUCCAGCACCUCCUUCUGCCCCUUAUGUAGCCUCAGCUCCAGCUCAGGUGUCCUAUGCUGCACCUGAACAAUCUCAGCCAUCUUACGCUGCAGAAGCACCAGCUGCCGCUUCUGUCUCUUAUAUAGCCCCAACUCCAGAUCCUGUAUCCUAUGCUGCCUCUUCACCGGCUACUUAUGCGGCUCCUGCACCAGCACCCGCAUCUAUUCUUCCCCCAUAUUCCAAUGCUGUUAAAUAUUAUCAAUGAAUACAAAAUGUUUAAAGUAUUUUCCGAAGACAACAAUAAAAAAAUAUAUUACAGCUCAA